AUGUAUCGUGAUUAUGGAGAAUGUUGUUGUGCGCCAUUAAUCGUACCGGCAUCUGAAUUUGUACUGGGAACACAACAUCGUGCACGUCAAAGAAUUAAAAUUAUUGAUAUCAAUCUUAGUUCAUACAAUAAUGACAAGAAAAAUUAUCCAACCAGACUUUAA